AUGGCAGCAGAUCGGGUGACACAGGAUACUGAGAUGGCCAGCGUGGAGAAACAGAUGAAUCCGGUUGGUGAUAUAAUCCACAUAACAAAUCCUGAGAACACAGACACGAGAGCAGGAACACACCAGGCAGGAACACACAGCACAAGACUCCACAAACGAUCUGACAAAGGACAUGAGAACUGGUCAUAUGAGACAGGGUUGUCCGGUCAGUACGUGAUUUACACUCUGAUUCACAAACGCGUGUGUUUGGACUCGUUCUCGCUUAACAAUGAACAUCAGGUUCUGUGUCGGAGCUGUUUUGAAGCAUUCCGGUCCAUUCAGCCAUUUGAGAAUGCUUUUAAAAGCAUUAGCGCUUGCUUUGGCACUGAGGUUCUGAUCUAUUUCACCUUCUUCAGAACUCUCUUUUUCUACAACAUCCUCCUCAUCUUGAUCAAUGGGCUUUUUCUGCUCCUGCCACAAAUUGCAAUUCCUCCUCAUUUUCAGAACAGCAGCACACAUUCGCUCGCGGAGCCCUGGCUGCUCACUGGGACGGGUAUUCUAACAGACUCUGUUAUGUUUUAUGGUUAUUAUUCCAACCCCAUAAGCGGAAAUUGCGGAGCUAACAACAAAAUCAUGUGUCCUGAAGAAUACAACACAACACUGGCAUAUAUCUUUACCCUUGGGAAAGGCCUGUUUGUCACCUGUAUAAUGCUACUCCACAGCAUGUCAAAAUCAUUUGAGAGGACUUUCCGUACAUUCAAGUCUAAUGGUAAUCUAGCUUUGAAAGUGUUCAGUUUUUGGGACUUUAACGUGAACAAGGAGCAGUCUGUGAAACGGCAGAAACUCAUCUACACUCAACUGAAGGAGAUGCUAUCAGAGCUCAGCUCCACUAAAGGGACGAGAAACAUGAAGUCAAGGCUGCGCCGGUUGCCUGUGCAUGCAUUUAUAUGGUGCAUUUGUCUAGUGAGCAUUGGUCUCUGCAUGCUGGCUGUGUAUCACCUCUGUCAGGAUGCCGAUCAGACCAGCUCUGGGAUGUUACUGAUCAUGCCCGUGAUUGUCUCUUGCAUCAUUCAUGUACUGCCUGUUUUCUUCAAGACGUUGUCCAGACUGGAGCAUUACAACUCACCAAACACUUGUAUUUAUGUCUUCAUUGUAAGGAACUUUUUGUUGAUGGGUUGCAUUUUCAGUGUUCUGGUUUACCACUGGUUGGGGAAAAUUGGAGGCAAGAAAGCAAGAAACAACAUACAGUGCUGGGAGACGUUUGUCGGUCAAGAGAUUUAUCGUUUAGUUUUGAUGGAUCUUAUAUUUGCCGUGCUUUACGUCAUCUUUGGCGAGUUUCUAUGGGGGCUUUAUACUAGAAACGUGUCAUUAGGAAGAAAGAAGCUGGAUUUUGACAUUGCAUGCAACAUUCUGGAGCUCAUCUAUGGUCAAACACUUGUUUGGCUCGGCCUGUUGUUCGCACCUUUGCUCCCUGCAGUGCAAAUUGGGAAACUGUUUCUCCUUUUUAUCCUUAAAAAGAAAAGUUUAAUAAUAAACUUCCAAGCAUCCAAGAAGUACUUGAGCUUUUCACAGAUGAACACUCUCUUUAUCACUCUUCUGUUUGUCCCUUCAUUCACCGGUGCACUUGCAUGUGUCAUUUAUACAACGAGGAGGAACAGACCUUCAUCAGGUUGUGGCCCCUUCAGAAACCUGCCUCACAUAUUCCUGUCAAGCAAACAGUGGAGGAGCGGCCAAGCGAGCCCAAUCCCCAGUCUGGUCUGGAUGAGCUGGCUUUAUAUUUAUGUGCUGGACAACAGUUUAUUGCUCUUCGUCGUCGUAGGCCUGAUCCUCAUCAGCAUAUAUAUUCAAACGCAAGCUUUGGCUGGCCAAAAGGAAUUAAUAUCAAUGUUGCAAGAACACAUGGAGUAUGAGAGUAAAGGUAAGAAGUCCCUGAUAAAGAAACUGAAGGAGGCCAUGGAAACCUGACACGAAGUCAAAGCAGUCUCUUUAUUCUUCACAGUUUUGCUUGAUUUAUUUCUGUAUGUCCAUAUUCGGGAUAUUUACUUUUUGUAUAUGAAUCUUGAAUAACUUUGAUAUUCAGAUCUAGCUGUUUUUGUUUAAGGCAUAUGCUCUAUGUUGUGGAUUCUACUGAAACUGAAGUUGUUCCUGAUAGAGAAACAUGAUGAGACAUAAAAUACUCUGAACGUUUCAGCAUUUGCUUUGUAAUUGUGUACGUUUUCGCAUUAAAGCUGAUGGUUUUGUUUAUGUUUAACCUUAAGGACUUUUCUAGUUUUGUGUAUUGUGAGGUGUGUAUUGCAAUGAAAAUGAUCAUCUUAUUGUACGGUGUUUUAUCGUCCUUGUUUAUGCUGGUGAUGAUGAAUAAAAAAAUCAGCGAGCACUGUUAUGACAUUACAAAGUUUUUAGAUUUGAGCUCAGCUUGAGUUGUGAAACUUGAUUCAGCACAUUAUGUAAGGAAUAAUGUAG